AUGGGAUUCUUGGACUUGUUCAUAGUGGCCUUGAUUCCUAUCCUGAAAACGUUGAUCAUUACCGCAGUUGGUUUAUUUCUGGCGGUUGAGAAAGUCAAUAUCUUGAAUGACACUGCCAGGCACCACUUCAAUAAUUUGGUGUUUUUUGUCUUUACUCCAGCACUGGUUGCCAGCAGCUUGGCAAAUACCAUUACUAUGACCAGCCUCAUUCAACUAUGGUUCAUGCCGGUGAAUAUACUUCUCACCUUUAUGAUUGGCUCAGCACUUGGUUGGAUACUUGUCAAAAUCACCAAAACUCCUCAGCAUUUGCAUGGCCUUGUUAUUGGCUCCUGUGCAGCAGGUAAUUUGGGGAACUUGCUUCUUAUAAUCAUCCCCGCUGUUUGUGAUGAAGCCAACAGUCCAUUUGGAGACUCAUCCAAUUGCUCUACCAAUGGACAGGCUUAUGCAUCUUUGUCCAUGGCCAUAGGGGCAGUCUUCAUAUGGACUUAUGUUUAUAACAUAAUACGGCGCUGCGCCAUGAGAAGUACAGAUUCCACACUAAGCAUACGCUGCUUUAGCGAAAACUCAACAAUGAUGUUCCAAAAUGGCUUGUCAGAAGCAUUGCUUUCUUUUAAGGAUGAAGAGAUUCAUCAGGUUGAAGAUCAGCCAGUGCAUCUUGGUAAGGAUACUAGUGUAUAUGAUGGCGGCCAUGAAGACGACGUCGAUGACAAGGUGGCAUUUGUAGUGAAAGUUAAGCAGCAGUUCAAAGUUUUGUUAGCGAGCUUGAACCUGAAAAUUUUGUUUGCCCCAUCCACCAUUGCCACGAUUGUUGGGCUUCUCAUCGGAGUAGCCUCUCCUUUACGGAAGGUAUUGGUAGGCCAGAGUGCUCCUCUUCACGUUAUAUAUACCUCGGCCGCUAUGCUUGGAGAUGCAACAAUACCAUCCAUGACACUGAUAGUAGGUGCAAAUCUCCUCAAGGGGCUCAAAAAAUCAGGACUAGGAGUAUGGAUAAUCGUAGGAGUUCAAGUAGUUCGUUUUAUAGCAAUGCCUCUGUUGGGAAUUCUGGUGGUUAAAUUCGCCAAGAACUUUGGAUUGGUGGGAUCAGAUUCGUUGUAUCAAUUUGUUUUGCUGCUCCAAUAUGCACUUCCGUCCGCAAUGGCUAUCGGUACCAUAACGCAAUUGUUUGAAGCCGGAGAAAGUGAAUGUUCUGUGAUUAUGUUAUGGAAUUAUGCAAUUGCGUCGUUGGCUCUUACUCUUUGGUCAACUUAUUAUAUGUGGCUCGUCUCUUGA